UACUAUGACUGUAUCGUUAUGGUAAUUAUUAAGGAGAGUUUUUAUUGUUUUCACUGUUUUCUAAAAUUGAAAUCAUAUUCAUUUUCUUUAAGAUAGCUCGACUAUAGUAAAGGCGAGACUAAUUUAAGGGUCAGCAAGUUUAGAUAAAGCAUGAAAAGUUCCACCGUGGUAUCUAUUCGGCGUGCAGAUAUCUAUCCUUAUUAUAAGAUGUUACUGGAUUGCUUUCCUUAAAUAUACCUUGUUAGAAUAUAUUAUAUACUAAUUCCACUAAGGUGGCAUGAGAAAUGGUCAGCAGUUGACACAUCAUCUUUUACGGUUUUGCUAUAUAACUCUGGUCUCCUCGAUAGACUGCAGAGCGCCUCAGCUUUCGAACAGAGCUGUAAGAUGAUGGGUGUCUCUCAGUUUUGGCAUAUAAGAUUCUAAAUUAUAAUUAUUUUUAUUAAACUUAUUUAAUUUCAAAGGACUAUUUUGGAACUAUGGAUAAAUUAAUUUAAGAAAGAUAGAAUUAUUUAUUUUAAAUGUGCAUCUAGAGAGAGAGUUAUUAUGUAUUAAUUAAUUCAGGAUGAUUACGGGAUUUGGAAUGAAUAAAUCAUAUUUAAAGAACUUUGUACCUCAUGUUUUUUUGUACUAAAUAAAAUCCACUAUACGAUCGACUAACGAACUAUAUAUUAAAAACGGCUGAUAGGGGUACAUCGCUCUUCUUGGUGCUCGUGACCAGCAAUUAUUUUAUGUGUAGACUUUUAUACUCUAGUUUUAGCGGUUCCAGCAAUUUUACACAGUGCAAGGACAGAUUUGUGUCAAGGGACAGUGUGACUGAAGAUUGCAGAAGGACACAUAAGAGAAAACUACUCACUUUACAAUGUGGCUGCUUGCCCUGCUGUCUCUUUGCAUGGUCAAUGCCUUUACCAUUAGAGAUAAUGUUUUAUUUAUGAAAACAAAUCAGGUUACUCUGACUAGGAAUACUUGGAAAUUAGCAUUUACACUAGACCUUACUCCGUAUGACUCAUUUGUUACAAGAAUAACUGACGACAUUAAACUCGUUGAGGUUAUCGCAAAACAGACACUUCAAGAGUAUGACGAUGAGCCUCACUCCUCUUUUAGACAGGUCUUUCUCAAUUUAGAAAAAGAAAUUAAGCAUCUGAAAGACAUGCAAACCACAUUAAGUUCUAAGUUCAAUCGUAACAAGGUCACAAAACGUGCACUCCUUCCAUUUCUUGGAAACGUGCUAAGCUGGUUAACAGGAACUAGUACAGAGGAUCAAGUCAAUGCUGUACGAAAAAAUGUAGCUCAUUUAGCAAAAACACAACAAGCCAUACUGCAUGUUGUUGAGGAGAGCCUCACGGUACUUAAUGUUACCAAAACCGGGGUACAAGAAAAUAGAAAUACCAUAAAUGACAUAAUCAGUGCUCUUGACAGUAUUGAUAGGAAUCUUUCAAACCUUAGAGAUAGAGUUCAUAAAGAGUUAACUGUGCUAACAAAUUUCGUCCAAACUUAUUUCUAUCUUAACGGUAUUAUUCAGAAUCUCAAAGAGCUAAUCUCCAGAGGUUUUGUUUUGUAUGAACACCUCGAAAUUCAGUUGGAUGCAGUGGCUCUUUCUCACCUCUCUCCGGGAGUUAUAGAACCUUUUCAAUUAAAGGCUAUUCUAAGAUCUGUACGUUCUUCCCUACCCCCGAUGUUGAAACUACCUUUCAAUGAACAGCACGAACUAUGGCAGUAUUAUCAAAAUACACAGUGCUCGGCCAUUUUUGUUGACAAUCAAAUAAUUAUUGUUGCUUUCCUUCCCAUUUUAGAAAUGUACGAAAAAUUUGAUGUGUAUAGGCUCAUCAAUAUGCCUAUCGCUUUAUUUAAUAAUUCUAUUCAAGAGACCGACACUCACACGGUGCUUGCCCAAUAUCAAUUAGAAGGCAAAGGUCUCGCUAUAAACACCCAACGUACGAAAUAUGCCAUCUUAACAGAACACGAACUAAAACAAUGUUCAAAUAAACAUCUUGGUUAUUGCAACGUUCGGUCUGCACUUUAUACUGUUGGGCUCUCAACUAAAUGUAUCAUUCAUUUAUAUUUACAGAGGGAGGAGAAAAUUGAGAAAUUCUGUCAAAAAGUGGUCCUUCCUAACGUUCAUUUACCAUCAGCCAUGUACAUUUCUGAUGGCUUAUGGCUCAUCACAAGUCAAAAAUCACUUAGGUUGGCCUUAACAUGCUUUGAAAAUAAGAGCAUUACUACAAAAUCCAUGGUUGCGCAUGCUCCAUUAGAUGCUCUUAAACUACCAAUGGGUUGCGUGGCAAAUGGGGACUACUUGUCAUUAACUGCUUACUACUUCAAAGAAAGUAAUUACCAAAUUACUGACAACUUUGUUGAUAUUCUAAGGUCAAACAUUAACAUAAGUAGCUCUAAACUAUGGUCUGAUUUUUACGCUGCAACUUCCAAACUUCACCAACUCCGAAAUCCCCCACAAGUUAAAAUCAUUACCGCAAAUAAGUAUGCCUAG